AUGGCCGCGCGUUUGGAUCGCCUGGCGAACUCCGCGGAGAUCGCGGAGGAGUCCAACAAGCGGCUGCUGGUGGUGGAGGCAACGCUCAAUGAUCUGCCGGGCCAGCGCUCGGAUAAGGCCAUCCAUGCCUUGAUGGGUUUCAUCGGCACCAACAAGCAGGCGCUGAAGCAGACGGCCUGGUCUGUGUGGCUGGGCACCAUGCUUAGAGCCAAGGGCGAGCGCAAUCUCAGGGCACGGUACGACAAGGAGGUGCAGGAGGCGGCAGAUUACUUAGAGCGCUUCAAGGCGCGGCACCUAGAGAACAUCAGGAGGGUGGUCUGUCAGGCAGCCAGGCGAGAAGAAGAGGAGCUGUUGACCAGCACCCUGGCGGAUUGGAAGAGCCAGAUCACUCGCUUCAAGGCGGAGGCCUGGACGGAGGACAAGGUGAAGACCAUGCAGCUGACCAUCAGCAAGGCCACAAAGGACAUGUGCGGAAGGGCGAAGAAGGUGAUGACGCGCAUGAUUGUGGAUGAGCAGGGUUCCAGCAUCGCCGCGUGCUUCGGAGCAUGGGUUCAGUACGGCGAGGGCUACAAAAAAGACAAGGUCUUUGAGGACUCUGUGAAGCAGUUCGAGCAGAAGAUGAAGGUCUACAUGGAGAAGAAGAAGGAAGAUGCCGUUAUUGUCUUGAACCGGAUGUCGGUGAGCACCGAGACGGGCCUGGUGCAGCAGACCUUCACAGCCUGGAAUGACUACACCUUCGGCGGCAAGCAACUCCGCGAGCUGGAAGACGAGGUGUAUGGCACGGAUGAUCAGCUCGCUUACGUCAAGAGCAACCACCGGAAGAUUGCGGCCAGCAUCUCAAGCCGCACCGGUGAUCAGAUAGAUAUGAACUUGAUGUACCAAUGCUGGAUGGUAUGGAAUGCCGAAGGAAAGACCAGCAGACUAGACAGAUUCUACUCUGUGAAGAUUGAUGCUAAGAGGAAGCAGCUCUCCAGCGUGCAGCUCUUGUUCAAGACUUUCGCGGAAGAGUUGGACUCAGGUCUCAAAGACGUGGCGGACAACGACUCCUCGGGGCGCGAGAAGCGGAGAGCAAAGGCAGAAGUCAACACGAUGAGUGGAUCAGUCUCUUUGCCCGACAUCCACGCGAAAAAGCACUGA